UCGGAUAAACGGUUAGUUCCGAUUCCAGUAUCCGGUUUCGACACUCUAGGGCCUUGAUUAUGUCUCGAUAACAAGAUAAGAUCAUAGGAAUCAUAGGACAUUAGAGUUCCAGUGAAGAACCCUAGAAUAGAUAAAACCCUGCAAGCCAUCAAUCGAAGCUCGGCUUCUCUUAGUUACCAGACGAAAUGGCGUCUCUCAUGAUAAAACAGAGAGCAGGGAACUCCAUCUUCGCUGCUCUCUCCAAACUACGACAGGCAUACACUUCUCAGUUCAUCUUCUAUCACAACCAAACCUUGAGAUUCAAAAUCGUACCUUCUGCAGGUGGAAAUUUCCCCUUUAAAUCUCUCAGCACUUCAGCUGCCUCUGAUAACUAUCAGUAUCAGAGACCCCAUCCAUCUGAUUCUCGUGUCUUCCAGCGUGGAGGGUCGCCCAAUCAAUGGAACUCUCCAGAUCAAAACUUCGUUCAACGCGGCAACUCUAACCAAUGGAACCCACAAGAAGGCCAGAAUUCGCCUCCGCAUGGCAACCCUAACCAGUGGAAUCGGAACCCGCAGAACCCACAAGGUCAGAAUUACCCUCAGCGUGGAAACCCUAAUCAAUGGAACCCUCAAGAUCAAAACCCGAGACAAAUCGUUGAUAAUGCAGCCCCUAAUGCAUCGCCUCCGACCAACGUUGAUUUGAUGAGUCUUUGUCGGGAGGGUAAGAUCAAAGAGGCCAUUGAGUUGAUGGGUCAAGGUGUUCGUGCCGAUCCUCAUACCCUUUUUGCGCUGUUGAACUCUUGCGGGAACUCAAAGUUGCUCGAAGAAGGCAAAAAGGUCCACGAUUUCUUGUUGCGGUCUCAGUUUAAGGGUGAUGUUCAGUUGAGUAAUAAAGUGAUGGAAAUGUAUUGCAAAUGUGGAAGUAUGGUAGAUGCCCGCAGAGUGUUUGAUCAUACUCCUGCAAGAAAUAUGGAUUCCUGGCAUUUGAUGAUAAAUGGAUACGCAAUGAAUGGGCAAGGAGAUGAUGGGUUACAGUUGUUUGAACAGAUGAGGAAGUUAGGAUUGAGGCCUCAUGGAGAGACCUUCGUUGCUGUUUUGGAAGCUUGUGCUAGUGCAGAAGCUGUAGAAGAAGGCUUUAUACACUUUGAAUUGAUGAAGAGUGACUAUGGAAUUUCCCCAGAGAUGGAGCAUUACUUGGGCCUUAUUAACGUUCUUGGAAAAUCUGGGCAUCUUAUUGAAGCUGAGGAGUACAUUGAGAAAUUGACCAUGGAGCCCACGGCAGCAUUUUGGGAGGCAUUGAUGAAUUGUGCUCGAAUUCAUGGUGAUAUUGAUAUUGAAGACCGUGCUGAGGAGUUGUUGGUUUCUCUCGACCCCUCCAAGGCUGUUGCAAACAAGAUACUAACACCACCACCGAAGAAACGUACGGCAAUCAACAUGCUUGAUGGGAAAAAUAAGGUUGGUGAGUAUCGUUGUACCAGUCCCUAUAAGGCUGAGGCAUAUGAGAAAUUGAAGGGCUUGGGUGGGCAGAUGAAGGAAGCUGGUUAUGUCCCUGAUACAAGGUAUGUGCUUCAUGACAUUGAUCAGGAGGCCAAAGAGCAGGCUUUACUCUAUCACAGUGAGCGUUUGGCUAUAGCUUAUGGUCUUAUCAGUACUCCAGCUAGGACUCCACUUAGGAUUAUCAAGAACCUUCGUAUCUGUGGUGACUGUCACAAUGCAAUCAAGAUCAUGUCUAAGAUUGUUGGAAGAGAGCUCAUUGUUAGGGAUAACAAACGAUUUCAUCAUUUCAAGGAUGGCAAAUGCUCCUGCGGGGAUUACUGGUGAAGUAGUUCUUCUGUUUAAAUUUUUGGUUCAUCCAUAUGUAACAAUUUUCUUCCUAUUAGCAGUUUUUAUUGUUCAAAGGGGGUUGAAAUGCUUUGGAGUUAAGAAGGAAAACACAGAUUGCUGCUAAUGAAUGGGGGACUGGUGCUUGUAAUGAAAUUCACUUCAUUUGUAAUUGAAAAUCUGAAUUGAAUGUUUAAUCUUAAAGUGCUUAAGAAUGCAUGAUUUACCUUC